AUAAAGAAUUACUUCAAAGCACACUUAGUGGAUUGGGGCCUGAGUAUCAAUUUAUUACGGGUACUAUAUCAUUAUUUCCUGAGAGUUUUCCACCCGACAUUCUCCACCCACGUCUCAUGGAAGCCGAGCAACAAGUUCUACACAUGCAGCAGGAUGCUUCCUCUCUGCGGCCGGCUUUUGGAGCACAUGUGGGUCACGGCCAGCCCCACAAUCCACCUGGACAUCAACCUGACAAUGGCGCAUACCGCGGCAGAGGAGGCCGCGGCAGAGGCGGCAAAGGCAGAGCAGGCCGUGGAAAGGGCCGAUUCCAACAUCAGCAGACCUACGGCCAGCAGGGGUAUCCACAGCAGCAGCCAGGCAAUCUGCCCGCACCCCAGCCUUUGGCCGCAGGGGGUGUGUAUAAUCUGAGGCCCAAUAAUGCUCCAUCCGGUAAAUCUGUCUUGUCCAUUUAUAAUAUUAAUGCUAAAUCUACUUCUGGCACUCACUUUCAUUAUGCAGGUUUCUCAUCAGCUGAGGGUGUUCUUGGGUCAGUUCCUCCCCCGGUUGUGUGUCAAAUUUGUUUUUCUGCAGGUCAUUCCGCCUUACACUGUUCGUCUCGCUUCUCACAGCCAUCUGCACCUGCCUUGGUUGCUCCGUCUGGGGAAACUAAUGAUGCUUUGUGGUAUCCAGAUUUUGGAGCUUCUGCUCACAUGACAUCAUCUGAAGGACAAACUUUCGGGGACAGUUCUUCUUCAGGCGCGUCAUAAUGGUCAUCUCUACCCUAUCAGCCUCAGUCCACCUGCACCUCUAGCUCUAGCUACAGUUAUUCCUUCUGGCCCUGUGUGGAACCG